AUGCUCACAAUUGAGUCCCUGUUCAACAGCAGCAGCUUUCUCGGUCAGCUGCGCGCCAUCGUCCACAUGUCGUCUUCACAAGCCCAGCCCGACUCCUCCGAGCGCGGGCAGCCUGCUAGGCGCAACAGCGAAGUGGAAUGCCGGCGAUUCACCAUAAGGCCCAUUACACGGCCCGAACCUGGGUCGCUGUACGACAUAAUGCACGAUUACGCUGGCACGAUGCUUUACGUCGUCCCGAUCUGCUGGACCGACCUCCAUUCUCAACUUCUUGGCGCGAGCUUCAUCGAACGCCCCGCCAUUGCCACGCCGGUUCCGGACCUCGACCGUGGAAUCUCUCUUGAGCCAUCUAGGAUGGCGCAAACACUGACAUCCGAGCUGCGCAACCUCGUUCGGAAGGAGGCAUCACCAGCCAGAGCCUUCUGCAAGACCCGCGCAAUAAAGCGCGUCAUGUCGACGCUGUUUCCCAACACCCUGUCUCGUCCCAAGACCGGUGCCGAACUUAAUCUCUAUUUUGGCCAGCGCAUCUUCAAAAAGGUGGUCCGCAUUCCGUGUCUCUGGAAGAGCCCUUCCGGCGCCGACGCCUCGUUCGACUCGUGCCCGACGUUGCCGUCCACCUCUUUCAGCCAAGUACCGCCUAGUGCCCGGGAAGCGGGUUGUGAAUAUGCGCCGAACAAGCCGAUGCUAGCAUACAUUGGCAGGGCGCAGCUCGCUGCUAUUCGCAGGAAUCUCUACGGGGUUGUUCGCGGCCCCAACAAUACACCAAACGAGCCUGUAGCCAGGCUCCAACGGCUGCGUUCCAAAAUGCUGAUCCCGGCAAAUCCCGAUCACGACCCGUACAUUGUCGCGAUCCUGCUCGCCAUGGCCCAGGCGCACUUCUACCGCGAGCCCUCGUCAAAAUCCUCGUCGCAGUCUGACGGUGGUCGCAAGAAAGUUCGCAUGCCACCGCCUUCUUUUCGAGACAUCAAGGUACAGGUCAUCACCCAUGAUGAAGGCAAUGAGAGCUCGCCAAACUUUAUCGUCUACACGGCUGUUGUGACGAAGACAUUUCUGGACCGCUUCAUGUAUCCGCACAAAGCGCCAACUCCUCAAGGCGGUGAAACCCUGGCCACGGGGAUGAGCAUCUCAUAUACUUCGGUCGGCUUUUGGCCCCUUCUCGGUCUCAAAGAACGUCUUGCCAAAGCCCUUGGGCGCGAGAUUGCCGGCGACCCUAUGUACGGGGAUCCCGAGCACAUCGCCCUUUGGGAUCCACUCGUGGAACCCCCGCACACGCCGCCCUACCAGUCCUUUACCCUCAAGCGCCGACGCGUUGAGAGGGACCCCCUUGCCGAAGUGCUGAACAGCAGCUUCGAGGAGGAGCCGCCUAGUAGCCCGGAUGAUCGGCCGGUGCUCAGUCCUGCGGCUAAGAGGAGAAGGACCACACGGCCGGUCAACACGUUGGAGGUAUGUUGA